GUCCGAAACACUGGCCGCCACGGGGCAGCCAAUCAAUCCCAUUCAGCUCGCCGUCCGCCGUCGUACCUGCCUUAACCUGUCACUACCUUGGUACUCUCUCUCUGCCUGCCUUCCCUCUUCUUCCUUCGUUCUUUCCUUUUUCUUAUUCUUCCUCCUCCUACGUCACGGGUCGUCCUGCCCCGCCCCGUCGCCACUCUUUUCUUUUCUUUUCUUUACUUCCCCUUCACUUCUUCCUUCCUCUCCCUCUUCCUCCUCCUCCUCUCCAUCCACCAUCCUACCAACUCUUCUUUCCCAUCGUCUUUCAUCAAUCUCAUCCAUCACAUUAGUACUCUCCUCGUCCUUCCCCAUCUAGGCUCUCCCCUGGGACAGCUCCCUUCGCCCAGACCAUGGCCUACUACGAAGGCCGCCAGUACCCUCGGCCGCCCGCUGGCUACAAUCCCGACUACUACUACGCACCUGCUCCCCACCCCUCUAGUCGUCACCAGAUGGACGUCGUCCGUCGCCGCGAUGGCAGCGUCGACUCCUAUGAUGCCCCUCCUGGCGACUAUGGUUACGAAUACGGCUACGGCUAUCCCCCUCAGUCCAGACCAUCCCGUGUCUCCACCGUCUCGGAGCGCGUGCGCAGAUCCCACUCCAUGGGCCAUCGCGAUCCCAACCAUGAUGACUCAGACCAUUAUCGUCGUUCCCACCGCCGUUCCAGACGACAUGAUGACCGAUAUGAUCGUCACAGGUACUCCCGUUCGCCAUCGGAUAGUCGCUCUCCUCCCAGGCGCCGUCGCAAGUCCAUCUCAGAGCAAGCCCUAGGCGCCCUAGGUUUAGGAUCGGUUGCGUCGUCGAACUCUAGGCAUCGUGAUCGCGGUCGCUCGCAUACCCGGGAUCGCCGGUCUUACUCCUACUCGCCCUCGCCCACUCGGGACAGAAGCCGUCACCGUCGGGACAAAAGUGAGCAGCGGAUCGCUCAGGCCGUUCGAGCGGCCCUAGCCGCCGGCGCGGUGGAGGCUUUCCGGGUCCGGAAAGAGCCUGGCGAGUGGACCGGUGAGAAAGGCAAGCGCAUCCUUACAGCGGCGAUCACGGCCGGCGGUACCGACGGACUGGUGGAUCGGAAUCCGGACAAACAUUCCAGGCGCCAUAUCCUUGAGUCUACACUGGCUGGCCUGGCUGCCAACCACUUCAUUAACGGAUCGAGGUCCCGGUCGAGGUCUCAUGGCCGGGGGCGCUCUCAAAGCCAGGGCGGGCUAAAGAAUCUGGUCGCCACAGGUGCCCUGGCCGCAGCGGGUAAGGAGGCCUAUGAUCGGUUCCGGUCCAAGUCUCGCCCUCGGAGCUGGAGUCGGGGCCGAUCCAGCUCUCAGGAUAGCUAUGAUGACCGUCGCCCUCGGAGACGGAGCAAGAGCGUGUCCGACUACAUUAACCAAGGAAUGGAAGCUCUAGGCCUAGGAAACAAGGAUAGCCGUGACAGGAGAGGCCAUGGCGGCCGCUCGUCUCGUCGUGAUGAUUAUUCAGACGACGAGCCAUCCAGCGAGUACGAGUCGCGACGCCAUCGAAGCCCACGGCGCUCCAGGCACUCUAGAGAUGUGAGUCGACCUUUAUCCACUGCCACCACCUCGACACGACCUUCCGCACGCACCACAUCCAAAGGAAUCGGCGAAGCUGGUCAUGGUCGUGUCAACCCGCAUGGGGAUCGUCACUCCGAGGAUUCUGAUUCUGACCUGGGAAGUAGUACCGAUGAGGAGAACCAACAAAAGAAACUUACCCGGAAAACACUUGUGAAAACGGGCCUGGCCGCAGUGGCUACCAUUCACGCCGCACACAGUCUACAUGAGAGCAUGGAAAAACACAAAAAACGAGCCGAAUUGCUUCGAGAGGGUGAGAUCACGCCAGAAGAAGCUCGCCGCCGUCGUCUUAAGGGUCAGAUUGGGGAUGUAGCCAGCGUCGGCCUCGCUGCUCUGGGAAUCAAAGGUGCAAUUGGGGAAUGGAAACAUGCCGAGGAAGCUCGCCGCGAGCGACAUGAGUUUGCGAGAGGAUGCGAUGAACGACGAGAGCGACGACACCGCCGUGUCCAGAGCCAGGGUCCCGCGUCUCGACCGCCGCAGACGGUGUAUCCAGAUGAGAUUGAGGAACACCAUCCUUCCGAGUAUGGGUCAACUUCGGAUAUCCGGUCUCGGUCCGUGGGUAGAUCGUCGAGGACCCCCGUUGUACCGUAUGCGUGAAUAACCGUGAGGAAAAUUGCUUAUCCAGACAUGUGCCACGAUAAUGAUUGAUGAUUGAUGACGUUCCUUGCACCAAUAUUGAUUUGAUUUAUGACUUCUUGUUGUAUACGUAUAUCGCUGGCCUCUUAUAAUGAGUUUGUUGUGUUUGUUGAUUGGUUCACAUCUACCCAUUUGACUGUGCGAGCCUACGGGUUGUAUAGUACAUGGCAGUCGAUAUCAAAAGUAGAGAUUGCUGCCAUCAUAUUGUGUACCAAGCGCUACGGCAAAGAUAUGAAUGAACAGCAUAAUCCAUUCCCGGCAU